CAAGCUGCAAGGCUAGCAAAGCCGCGCCGACGGAGGCCCGCGUGUCAGCCCAGCUGCUCUUCAUCAUCCGUGACGCAAUCCUGCCCGGAUGCCAAGCCUCCAGGAUGGGGUGGGCGCGCGCGCGCUGCUCUGCAAAGGGACGAUCCUGUUGCUGAGGGACUCCGACUCACGUUUUAGAAGGUAACUGCUGCUGGCAACGGUAAACCCCAACGAGAAGCUGGCACAGCACCGAGCCGGCCUCCGGCGCCUCUCCACCCGGCAGCUCCCCCAUCCUGAGCCGCCGCCAGCAGCCACUGAGAAGAGCUCCGCCAGGGAGGAUGCACCGACGCGUCCAGCCCACCCUCACUUCCGGCUCCCAGGAGACUUCCCCCCACAUACAGUGUGGCUGCCUGCUUAUUCUGCUCCCAUCGGGCCACGCUGGACACCUCCUGGACACCUCAGGAGUCGCUGGACACCUCCUAUUCAGACACUGCAGUAAUUGUGGAGUUUGAAUCCAAGUCAGCCUGAAUAUGAGAGAUUUCAAUGGUUUGAAAUUCUGAUUCAUGGGAGGAAGAAACGAAAACCAAACCCACUGGUCAUUUGUGUAUUUCGCUGGGGAACUAUAUAAAAACAAUACAGAGGGGAGGCUUUGGCAGCAAGCUACAAGCUAACUUAACUAGAUACAACUCUCAGGUUGGGGAGAGGAGGUUGGAAUGUGUCUGCGAAGGGAGGAGGUUGGGAAAGGGAAGGGAUUUCCUGGGUUUGAUGCAGGAGAGACCAAACUGGCCUCUCUGAUCCUUUCCCACCUAUCGGAGGCUUGGGUUCAAUGCGGUUGGGGUGCAGAGAACAGAGGAGAAAUUGGGGAGCACUGAUGACCCGUGUGGUAGAGAACCGAUGGGAGGGUCUGGCUCUCUGCUUAAAACAUGAGCACAAGAUGGCCAUGGAAGGUCCUGGUUCUGCAGUCUGCAAGGUCAUUGAGGCAUGUUGAUCAGGCUCCAAACUAUUAGCUUGUUCAAACAGCAAGAUUUUGAGUUGUUGCCCAUUGUCCUUUGGGGUGGGCAACUUAUUAAUAACAAUAUUUCAUAAGGCACUGCUAAGGAAAUGCAUACAUUCCGAGGUUGAGCUUAAUAGUUUUAGUAAGCAGUUCAGAUCCAUGUUAUUUCUGAAGGUAGAAAGACGCCUGCAGAGUAGAACAGGACCAUUGUCUGGUGACGAUAGGAUCUCCUGACUGUUCCUUUUCUAUCCCAGGCUCUGACUAGUUUUCUCUCUUGGUACCAGCAGCAGGUGAGACUUGGGAGAGGAAGAAUGUUCAGAAAUAUAACAAAAUGAUAGAAAACCAGCGGAGGGAGCUGUGAAAGGGGAAAAGAUAGAAAGCAACAGAGUCGAAGAACUGGAACAAAAAGGAAGAAUGGGAAUGAAAUACCUGCUUUUCAGCUGUAAUCCAACAAAUCAUACAGCAAGAAAGAAAAAGAAUACUUUAUCCUCUGCAUAGGAAAAGCUUGAGUUCUCAACCAAGCUUUCAUCCUCAAUAGGAAAUGAAGGGAAGGAAGAAACCACAUAAAUGCCUGGAAUGUGGAAAGAGCUUCAGCAGGAGUGGAGAUCUUACUAGACACCAUAGAACCCACACUGGGGAGAAACCACAUACAUGCCUGGAGUGUGGAAAGACCUUCAGUACGAGAGGAGAACUUAAUACACACCACAGAAACCACACUGGGGAGAAACCACAUACAUGCCUGGAGUGUGGAAGGAGCUUCAGCAUGAAGCAAGCUCUUAAUAUACACCAUAGGACCCACACUGGGGAGAAACCACAUACAUGCCUGGAGUGCGGAAGGGGCUUCAGCCAGAGUGGAGACCUUACCAGACACCAUACAUCCCACACUGGGGAGAAACCACAUACAUGCUUGGAGUGUGGAAAGAGCUUCAGCAGGAGUGGAACUCUUACUCUACACCAUAGAACCCACACUGGGGAGAAACCAUAUAAAUGUAUGGAGUGUGGAAAGAGCUUCAGCAGGAGUGGAACUCUUACUGUACACCAAAGAACCCACACUGAGGAGAAACCAUUUAAAUGCUUGGAGUGUGGAAAGAGCUUCAGUGAUGGGAGAAGUCUUACUCUACACCAUAUAUCCCACACUGGGGAGAAACCACAUAAAUGCUUGGAGUGUGGAAAGAGCUUCAGCAUGAAGGAAGCUCUUACUAUACACCAUAGAACCCACACUGGGGAGAAACCAUAUAAAUGCUUGGAGUGUGGAAAGAGCUUCAUUGCUAGGAGAAAUCUUACUCUACACCAUAGAACCCACACUGGGGAGAAACCAUAUAAAUGCUUGGAGUGUGGAUGUGGAAAAAGCUUCCACACGAGUGGAAAACUGCAUCUACACCAUAGAACCCACACUGGGGAGAAACCAUAUAAAUGCUUGGAGUGUGGAAAGUGCUUCUGCACGAGUGGAAAACUGAAUCGACACCAUAGAACCCACACUGGGGAGAAACCAUAUAAAUGUUUGGAGUGUGGAAAGAGCUUCAGUGAAAGAAGAACUCUUACUCGACACCACAGAACCCACACUGGGGAGAAAAAACAUAAAUGCUUGGAGUGUGGAAAGUGCUUCAGUAAGAUUUCAAACCUUACUAUACACCAUAGAACCCACACUAGGGAGAUACUACAUAGAUGUUUGCAGUGUGGAAAGAGCUUUAGUGAUAGGAGAAAUCUUGCUCUACAUCAAAGAACCCACACUGGGGAGAAACCACAUAAAUGCUUAGAGUGUGGCAAGACCUUCAGCAGGAAUAGAACUCUUACUAUACACCAUAGGACCCACACUGGGGAGAAACCAUAUAAAUGCUUGGAGUGUGGAAAAAGCUUCAGGCAGAUUGCAAACCUUACUAUACAUCAUAGAGCCCACACUGGGGAGAAACCAUAUAAAUGCUUAGAGUGUAGAAAGAGCUUCAGGACGAGUGGAGAACUUACUAGACAUCAUAGAACUCACACUGGGGAGAAACCACAUAAAUGCUUGGAGUGUGGAAAGAGCUUCAGCACGAGUGGAGCUCUUACUAAACACCAGAAAACCCACACUGGGGAGAAAACAUAUAAAUGCUUGAUGUGUGGAAAGAGCUUCAGCAGGAGAGGAGAAUUGAAUCUACACCAUAGAACCCACACUAGAGAGAAAACACAUAAAUGCUUGGAGUGUGGAAAGAGCUUCAGCCAUGGUGUAUAUCUUACUAGACACCACAGGACCCACACUGGGGAGAAACUAUAUAAAUGCUUUGAAUGUGGAAAGUGCUUCAGCCAUGGUGUAUAUCUUACUAGACACCACAGGACCCACACUGGGGAAAAACCAUAUAAAUGCUUGGAGUGUGAAAAGAGCUUCAGCACAAUUGCAUACCUUGCUAUACAUCAUAGAACCCACACUGGGGAGAAAUCACAUAAAUGCUUAGAGUGUGGAAAGAGCUUCAGCACGAGUCUAAACCUUACUAGACACCACAGGACCCACACCGGGGGGAAACCAUAUAAAUGCUAGUAGGGUGGAAAGAGCUUUAGCAGGAAUGAACAACUUACUAUACAUCCUAGAGCCCACACUGGGGAGACAGCACAAGGAAGUUAUUUUUCAUUUGCUAACGCUUUUUGUUUUUUUAGAUCACUCUGUGUUUUCUGGAAUGGGGGAGGGAGACACUUGGAGAUGAAAGACGAAGCCAUGGUGUUAUUACUAAUGGCUCACUGAUAGGAUAGAUUGGAUAUCUCUUGAUAUGAAAUGAUUUGGAUUUGAAUCCACGAGUCUUGAAAUUGCAAGACAGGUUCGAACACACUCUAAUCCCGGAAUCAUUCUUCAGAAUGAGGGAGUUGUUCAGAAUUGGAAAUUUUCCAUAGGAGAGUGUUUACCUCAAUUCCAGCAAAGGUAUCUUUAAGGAAUUUCCCAAACGGCAUGAAGAACGUCAGGGAUGUUUGCUAUACUCUGACCAACACCGGCAGUGUUAUGGGGCAGGUAAUACUUUGCCUAUCAGCGGAUAUGCAGAAUCAGCAAACACAGACAACGAUAGGUGAGUGGACAAGGACUAUCUGUGUUGUAGUAGACUGGCAACCUACUGAUCCAGAGGAAUUAGCGGUCUCAUUGUUAGUUACAACAUCUAAGACUGGAGAUGUAUCUGACAAUAGGCACUCUUCUCCCUUCUCCACGAUUUACAUACAAAAUACAUUUGAGACUGAGAAGGCGUUGCAAGACGGUGCAGAUGUAAGGUUAAACCUUAGUGUUAACUCUGGAAGAGGGGGUACUAAAAGUCCAUGUAGGGCCUCUACUGUUUCUUCAAAGUACCCCUUAUCAAAAUAUAGAGUUCCCACUGGUCAGUCAUUAAGGAAGGAAGACACCUAUACUCAGACUCGUAAUGUAUCUAAGACAGAAGACAGUUGUACAUGACCCUCAUUUUGAUAGAUUAGCUGAUCUGUUUGAUAUACCAUAUACUUUAUCUUCCUACAUAGAGGCAUUAACUUUGGACAAGGAUCUAGGACAGGAGUCUCCAAAUCUUUACACUCAACCUUGGAUUAUUCCUUCCAGGGAAGGUCAGCCCUAUUUAUAUGGCAGAAGAUUUGUACUCCCUGGAUCAAAAGGCCUUAAUAAGCCAAUCCCUUAACACCAACUGACAAUUAGAAAAUGACUCUGUAUUUGAAUGUUUUACUUUCCUCUUGUGGAACAUCUGCGGUUGGCACCAAAAAAGGUUUGAUCUCUAGAUAUGACAUAAUUUGUUUUGCAGGAGACUUGGAUGAAGGACACAUUUGACUUCUCCAACUAUAAUGUCUUUGUGACUCCAGAAACCUUAAGUGCUAGGGGUGGGGAGAAACUCUGGUGGGUUAGCUACUUUUAUUCCGGUACAUUUAAAAGCUAAUUUAAAAGAAUUGCCUGCAUGUGAAAAUUGAGUCUUGCAAUAUUGAUUACAUGUUUUAAUCAUCAACUGAUCUUUGUUAAUGUAUAUUUGCCUACAUUGCGGGAUGGUACUAGGAUUUGGCUGCAGUGGAAAUCUGUGGAGUCAUAUCUCAUGCAAUUAAUUUCCUUAUAUCCAUCAGCCUCCCUCAUUUUUGCUGGGGACUGUAAUGCAAUAUUGAACCUUAAUGAUGUAACACUAUUUGAUGGCUUUGCUUUAUGUCCUCCAAUGAUUGAUGUCCAUCCUAAUAUUUUUACAUGAGUCUCUUUUUCCCCCCCAAAUUCAAUUUUUAUUAAUUUUUAACAGUAAUAAACAUAACAAUCAUAAUAAACACAAAUGGACUUCCCGCGCACCUCUCUUCGUGAAAUUAUAACUAUAAAAUUUACCCUUAUAAUAAUAAUAAUAAUAAAAAACACAAAUUUAAACCUUUAAAGUUAUAAGAAAAGAAAAAACCAUUAAUCUACCCACCCUGCAUUUCAAAUCAAAUCCUGCUGUAAGAUCAAUAAUAGGAAAAUAAUUCUUUAAAUAUAACAAGAGAAAAAAUCAAAACAAUAAAAAACCCAAAAGAAAAAACAAAAACAAGACCUCCCCCCCCCCUUUUUAAGCUAAUCUUCUCUUAACGGCAGUUCAUUACUCUUCUGUUUCUUUGCAUAUAUCAUUCUGUCCACCGUCGAUGCAUACAUGAAGAAAGUCAAGCCAUUUGUAAAGAUUACUCCUUAUAUUAUUCCCAGCAGGAAGGAUUCUGACUUCUUGGGAAAAGUCACCUUCUUUAAUCCAUUAUAUAUCAUGUCUCAAUAGGCCAUAACCUCCCCACGGGUCCAUCACCAAAAAAGAAUAUCUUCAGUAUGCCCACACUUCAAACAUUUGUUUAAAACAUUUUUAUACAUUAAUGCCAGUUUUUAAUGUCAGAUACCAUAUAAAUCAUUUUAUAAUACUUUUCCUUCAAAGCAUAGCAAGCAGUAAGUUUUAAAUCACUCUUCCAUAACUUUUCCCAGGCUGCCCUUUCUAUAUUAUGUCCGACAUCUAUACUAAAAUCAAUCUCUAACCAAAUUUUAUAUUUCAGUUAAGCUUUUUAACUUACAAUCCUUUCCAUAAAAAUACAACAAAUCUCUGUAAAUACCUCAACACAUCUAGAUGUUUGGUUCUUUACGCAAUAGAGCUUCAAUCAAGGAUAACCAUAACAAAAUUUUGGUUCUAACCAAUUUUUACAUUUUAACCAUACCCUCGUUAAGCUCCUUCUUACAUAAUAAUUCAAAAAAUCUGUGUAUUUUACUUUUUUCAUACCCUAAGCAGGCAUGCCAUCCAAACCUUCUAUCAAAACCCUCCAGGUCAAAAACUCUGGAGUUUCUCAGUAUUAUCUAUUCUUUAACCAUAUCUAACAAACAACAUCAAAAUAGAACCUUAAAUCUGGCAAGGUAAAACCAUAUAUUUAGAGUUUAUUCUUAAUCUUUCCCCCUGCCAAAUAAGCUUACUUAUAUCCACUUGCCAUUGCCUAAAACAAGUCAUACUGUUAAUUAUAGGAAUAUACUAGAAAAAAAGUAUCCUUUUAAAUAGGACAUUUAUCUUCACCACUAAAGUUCUUCUCAUUAAAGAUAAAUUCAUUUUGGACCAUCUUUGCAAAUCCUUUUUCAUUGAGUUCCAUAUUUUAACAUAGCUGUUUAGCAAACAGCGACAGAAAGAGAAGGGGGGAAAAAGGGAAAAAAAUCCGUGUUUUAUUAUUUAAUAAUUAAUCUCCCAAAUAUUUCCCUUUCUUCUCCACUCUUAGCCCACUUAUUUCCAGAAAUCCAUCUUUAAUUUUCUAAUCUAUAUUUUAAAUCAAAACCUAGUUUUAAUCUUAUUUAUAUAAAAACCAGCCAGUUGACCAAAUUACUAUAUCUUAUCCAAAAAUCUUUCAGUUUUGUCCAUUGAAUUUUCUAAAAAAUUACAUUCCAAAAAAAAGAGAGAGAGAGAGAGAGAGAGAAAUAAAAGAAAAAAAAUUCUGUAUAUAUAUUUGUAAUCCAUAUGGACUGAUUUAGAGUAUAUAUUUAUGGAACAGGAUGCUCAGAAGAUAAGUCUUUUUUAUAUUUCCGCCAAAAUUCUUGUGCUUUGAGGAGCUCAGUAAAUCUGUUCUUCUUAUUUUUGUAGAAAAAGGAGAGUCCCUCUGGCAAUUCCCAUCUGAAACGUAUUCCCUUGGCAUUUAAUGCAUCGGUCAAAAAUUUAUAAUCCUUACGUUUUCUUAAAAUUCUAGCUGGAAUUUCCUUCAAAAUUUUUAUCUGAUGAGCUUGGAUUGUUAGGGCUGUGGUGAGAUGGGCCUGAAUGAUUCGUUCAACUAUUGAUUUAGUGGUGAACUGUACUAGACAAUCCUUGAUUAAAUUAUUUCUUGUGGCAAAGUCCGAGUUUUGACGAAAAGCUAUCUCAAUCUGAGCUUCCAUCUCUCCUGCUGUAAUUCCCAAAAGUAAUGCAAGUUCUGCUCCAAGUAGUUUCUUGACAUUCUGGUUGGGAAUUUCUGGGAUGCCUCUAAACCUUAAAAAUCUCUCUUUUUGUCUUACUUCCAGCAAAGCCAUUUGAUCUGAUAAUUUUUCUCUGUCAUCUUUCAGUGAUCCCACAUCUUUCCCUAAAGCUUCCACUCUUAAUCUAAAUUCUUUAUUAUCUUGUGCUAAUUUCUUAAGAAUUUUGUCAAUAUUUGAAAUUUUAUCAUUUAAUCCAUUCAUAUUUUGUUUCAUCUGGGUCAUAUCCAAGAUGACUUGUUUAAGGGCAGUGGCAUUUGAUUGUAAAACAUCAGCAUUUGAUUGCAGUGUUUGCUUCAUCUCAGCGAGCAUUUGGUCCAUAGCUACAGGUGUUUUGGUUUCCCCCACACCUAAAUCUGGAAGUGAAGGUCUCCUGGCUUGCAUAUGUGUCUGGCUCUGAUGAGCUUUGCCUCUCAUGAUGAUAUGAAGGGGUAAAGAAAAGAAAAAUACUUGCAGAGCAAAAUUUGUCCUUGAUCUCAAAACAGAAAGUAAGAGCCUGUGCUUAUUUCUCAAACAUAAACAAUUCUGCAUCGUGUAUUCUGUAUCUAAUCACUGGCAUAGAAUUUUCUCACGGUGGUGUAGGACAUCUAUUUGUUUCCAUUGGUUAGGAGGAAUGAUAGGCAGAGUCCAUAGCAAAUAGGAAACACCAAGACGUCUCUUCUUUAAACUUAAAGAAUAGUAAUCCCCAUUAAUAAAAUCUUUUCAGGAUGUUAAAAAAAAAUUAUCAACAAUUUAAGUCUUAGGUUUUAAUGUUUAGCAAGCAAAGUAAAAGAAAGAAUUCCUUUCUUCGAUCCAAAGAGAAACUUACAGCCUUAUCUGUAGCGUCUUUCCCAGAAACACAUGAGGAAUUUCAUCAAUUUGUCAUCAUUAUUCACUGGAGAGGUGAACUUCUUGAACUUCAAACAUUAAUUAUAUCCAAGCCAUAGAGAUUGUCUGCUGGGCAGCUUCGGUCAUAAAGAUUUCCUAAGAAGGAGACGAGCAAAGAUGGAAUCCUUUUCCCUGCCGAUCACCUUGAGACAAAAACCGAGCUUUACAGCUCAAUCCCUGUAUCAGAUAACCAGUAUAUGAGAAAUCGUGGUUUAUCUUGUGUCAAUCCUUUAAUCCAGGACGACGUGGGAGGGUUUUGAAGCCUCAAAAACCCUCUUAUUUCUCCUUCUUGGUCUCCCCUUUGCAGAGGAGCAGCAGCUGUCUCGGCCAGUCUCGAUAGAUAAAGUAGGCAACUUUGCAGGAUGUAUGCUCAUCCAGACUAUUAGCAACUUAGAUUUAUUUUUGUUAAAGGCGAUCGCUCCAAACAGUAUACCUUCUUGUCUGAGGCUAAACGGUCAACUAUUGAUUAUAUAGCAAGAUCUCGUGACCUUCUUGAGAGGAAAGCUGAAUUUAGAGUCAUCCCAAGACCAGAAAGUGAUCAUCUGCCUAUCCUGCUGAGCUGUAAUUUAUUGGACGAUGACUUUAAAAAUUGAACAUAUAAUUUGCAGGCGAAAUAAUAAUUUGCAGGCGAACAUUAACACCAAUAGGUGGGAAGAGAAUUAAAUGGUCACAACACCCUGCCCAGGGAGUGAUUGAUUAGUGUAUAUCAGAAACGGAUAUGAGGAUACGUGAAACUGCUUAUGUCAUAUUUGGGGAAUUUGGAUUGCAAUUUUGGCAUGCCUGCAGAACAACCUCUUGUCAAUCAUGAUGAGAUGUUUGCAAAUUAUGAGUUUUUAAUACAUCAACUUUGCCCACUGCUGACAUGAGUGAGCUUGAAAGAUGUGGAACAGACUUCAAAAAUUAAUUUUAAAAAUGGUUUGAUCAGGAGUGUAGAGUGGCAAAAGGAGUAUUAGUCCAGCUUUCUAGAGACCUUAAAAUUUAUUUUUCAUUACAAUUGAAAAAUGAAAUGUUACAGCAUAAAAGAGAAUCUAAAUCUCUUUUAAGAUUCAAAAAGGAAGCUGCCAUGAAAGAACGUUGGGCAGCUGUUAUAAACGCUGUAAACAGUAAGGAUACAACUGCUUUUUGGCGGCUAAUCUCAUCCUCGAUACACCCAUAUGUUCAAACCCCAAUUUCGGCUGCACAAUGGGAAUCAUAUUUUAUGACACUUUAUAGUGAGCCAUCCUCAUCCCCCUUGAUAGAGAUUCCACAAGCUUCUCUACUCCUCUGGUCUCUGGUUACAAUCGAGGAAAUUAAAUGGUUAAUUGCACAGCUGAAGAGAAGGAAACCACCUGGCUACAACCAUAUCCUUCCAGAUUUUUUGUCAUCAUAUAUAGAUUGAACAGCCCAUAUUCCCGAAAACUGGGGACUUGCUAUCGUCGUUCCGAUUCAUAAAAAAGGUUUGUAAGAUGACCCGUGCAAUUAUAGACCGAUACGUUUGCUUAGCGUAAUUAGCAAACUCUAUGCGAAGCACUUAUGUAUUCAACUCUGUGAGUGGAUGAAUAAAGAAGGUAUUAUAGAACCGGAACAAUUAGGGUUUACAGCAGGUAGAUCAGUAAUGGAUCAUUGCAUUGUAUUGCACCAUCUAAUAGAAAAAUAUAUGUUUGAGAGAAAAACAUCUCUGUACGCAGCAGCCUUUAUUGAUUUCCAAAUGGCUUUCGACUCCAUAUCUAGAGAUGUACUUUGGGCAAACUACUUAAAACCUCAAUUGAUAAAAGAUUGCUGUUAUUAAUAUAUAGAUUGUAUGAAAACUCAAAUCUUUGAGUAUGCCUUAAGCCCGCAGGCCAGCUUUCAAAGAAGAUACCUAGAAAGAAGAGUGUUAGACAGGGCUGUAUAUUAGCUCCUUUUCUAUUUAAUUUUUAUUUUUAUGUUUACAGGUUAAUUCAGCAGCUACAACACUCUGACAUACAUGCUCCAAAACUGAUAGACAAACAUCUUCUGAUUCUCAUGUAUGCCAAUGAUGCCGUGGUCCUGUCGCAAACCAGAAUAGGUCUAAAGAAGGCCUUGGGUGUUUUGGCUAGUUACUUUAAGGAAGAACAGUUAAUAAUAAAUCAUGCGAUGACGAAAAUUCUUUGCUUUAGUAUUAAACAUUGGGCUCUUCAUUGGUCAAUUGAAGGUAAUAAGGUAGACCAAGUAAAACAAAUUAAAUAUCUCAGGAUAGUUUUUCAAUUUAAUGGUCAUAAAACUGCCCAUAUUAGAUCAGCGGCAGAUACAGCUAAGCACAGUAAUGGAGCCAUAUUGAAAAAUGUUUGGUCCCACGGAGGGAGUUAUAUUCCUGCAGCUGUAAAACUUUAUACUGCUAAAGUAAUCUCUCAACUCCUUUAUGGGACACAACUGGGACCGUAUACCAAUUUCAAUGAUCUUGAAAAAAUUCAAACUGGGUUCCUAAGGACUAUAUUUGGUGUACCUCUGUGUCUCUAAUGCGGUGAUCUGCCUUGAGGCAGGUUUACUUAAAUUGGAAACUAGAGCUUGGCUUCUAAUGAUAUUUUAUUGGAUUAAGUUACAUCUUCGCCCAUUGGGGCUAAUCCCAAAACGUUUGGCGGCCGAGCCUCAGAUAUCCUGCUCCCAGAAAAUAAUAGAUAAAUUGUGUAAGUGUGGCCUGUCACCUGCCCUACUGCUAGAGAGUGGUGUUAAUGCAGCUUGUAGCCUCGUACAACAGAGAUUAAUUGAUAUUGAUAUCCAAGAAGAGAAAGCCCGCCUACCAUCCUUUUAUAAGCAAAUAUACACAAAGCCCGAUCUUUCCUGGCAACAUAUCUAUUUACAGUUACUUUGAGCAAGUUUCGUUGGGCCCUUUCUAGGGCUAGGUUUGAUGCUUUUCCCUCCACAAAGCUUUACGGAAAGUAGCUGAAAUUACAUGAAGAUCGCAAAUGCUCUUGCGGAAGGGUGAUCAAAACUAUGGCUCACAUUCUUUUAAAAUGUCCAAUCUAUCAAAAAUUGAGGUGUCAACUAAUUAGCCCAUUGAUAAAAGACAUCAAGGGACAGACAGACAACUUUGUUGUUACAUACCUAUUAGCAGAUAAGAAUGUAACAGCAUCAUAUGUAGUAGCUAAAUUUUGUUAUGUCGCCACCAGAAUGCGAACUUUAAAGGAAUAGAUUUUUAACGUAACUAUAUAUCAUCGUUAAUGUUUAUCUUUAUAAGUAUGAUUGACUGUCUUUACAAAUAAAGACUGUAUGUAAAGUCUU